AAUUGCCGUCAGAAUUUUUAUCACAUUAUCUUGAGAAUUUUUAUCAAGAUUUUCUAAUUGAGGAUUUGGGCUCUCAUACAAUUGUCACUUCGUGAUCUUAAGAUAGUGUUUACAAAAUUUUAUCUAUUAGUGUAAAAUUUCGCUGUAUAUAUGAAAAGUACACGUAAAUCUCUCUAUAAAUAUCUAAAUUUCAUACAUUAACGGCUAAUUAUACAAUUUAUCACCAAGUGAUCAUGUAAUUGUGUUAAAAUUUUAUAUAUUAAUUUGUAUUUGUGAGUUGUUUGAUUAAGGUUAGCAACGGUAUGUACAGUUGAUAGGGGAAAAUGUGUAGGUUUCAGAUUUGGUGUGGAAAAAGAUACGAGAGACGCCGCGGCGAAGAUUUGAAUUAAAAGAUGUGUGUGGAUUUUCGAGGGUACGGUCUCCGUGAGAUCUAGGUUGCGUCUUAGGAGACGCAGGUCUGAAAAUUACUUGCUUUAAAUUAUUUUUUAAGUAUUUAAAAAUUAUUUUAGUAAAAUAUUACAUAGAUUCACAAAUCAAACGUUCAUUUAGUAUUGAUUUUCAUCUUCAGUUUUAACAAAACCAAAGAUUCCAAAAACAUAAUCAACCAGAAAAAUAAUUUCAAACUCAAACCAAAAAAUGAGAGAAGUUAUUGCAAUUCACGUAGGACAAGCCGGUGUACAACUCGGAAGCUCCGUCUGGGAGUUAUUUUGUGCUGAGCACGGAGUGAAGCCUGACGGUACCACUGAGAAAGUUAGCAAGUCCAAGAAAGAUGAAGAAGGAGCCGCCUUCCACACAUUCUUCUCAGAAUCCGAAUCCGGCAGACAAGUGCCGAGGUGUGUGUUUGUGGACUUGGAGCCUAGUGUGAUUGACUCUGUGGAGAAGGGCAAGUUUGGAAGUUUGUAUCAUCCUGAGCAGUUGAUAUCUGGCAAGGAGGACGCGGCGAAUAACUUUGCAAGGGGACACUACACUGUGGGCCGUGACAUUUACUCACCGGUCAUGGACAGGAUUAGGAGACUCACUGACAUGUGUGACAGUGUUCAGGGCUUUUUAUUCUUCUCCGCUGUCGGCGGAGGUACUGGUUCCGGUACUGGAAGUUUACUGUUGGAGAACAUUGGCGCGGAGUUUGAGAGGAAGACUAAGCUGUCGUUCUGCAUCUGGCCGUCACCUCAGGUCUCCACUGCAGUUGUAGAGCCUUACAACUCAGUUCUGACCACUCACUCGCUGCUGGAACACUCUGAUGUCGCAGUUGUGCUCGAUAACGAGGCCAUCUACGGCAUUUGCAAGAAUAACCUUGAAAUUGGCCGCCCCAACUACCAGAACCUGAACAAGAUCAUUGCGCAGGUGAUUUCCUCACUCACAACCUCACUGAGGUUCGACGGUGCACUCAACGUUGACAUGAGCGAAUUCCAAACUAACCUUGUACCCUACCCGAGAAUCCACUUCAUGCUCUCCUCAUACUCACCCAUCAUCAGUAAGAGGAAAGCCAAACAUGAACAAAUGUCCGUCUCCGAAAUCACAUUCUCAGCAUUCGACCCCAAGUCCAUGAUGGCUGAAUGCGAUCCCAGAACAGGAUACUACAUGUCAUGCUGCCUCAUGUACAGGGGCGAUGUUGUGCCUAAGGAUGUGAAUCAUGCGAUAUCGGUGGUGAAGAAUAAGAAGACUGUGAAGUUUGUUGACUGGUCUCCAACUGGGUUUAAGUUUGGAAUUAACUACCAGCCUCCGUGUGUGGUGCCGGGUGAUGACAUUUCCAGGCCCUCGAGGGCGGUUUGCAUGAUCAGUAACUCCACUUCAAUUGCCGAAGUUUUCACCAGAAUGGACAAGAAAUUCGAUCUUAUGUACGCCAAACGUGCGUUCAUCCACUGGUACGUCAGCGAAGGCAUGGAGGAGUGCGAGUUCCAGGAAGCCAGGGAAGACGUCGCAGCACUUGAAAAAGACUACGAAAGCGCCGGAAGCCAAUAAUCAACACCUAAAAAUUACUUCAAUUUUUCAACGUACAUCA